AUGGGAAUGCUCCCAAUUUGCUUGGUUUUCUUGUCUCUCUUUGGUCUCUGUGGAUCAGAGAAUGCUGCAUCUAAUGCUGAAGAAAACCAGUUUGGGCAGGUUAACUGGCCAGCCAAGCAAGACAAGUACCUCAUAGGAGAAUGCUUAAGCAACCAAUACACCCACAAGUCCUGUAGGAAAGUCUUUUGUGACCCAUGGGAACGAUGUGUGGAGGGAAAAUGCCUUUGCAAGCUUCCCUACCAGUGCCCAAAGAAUGGCUCUUCAGUUUGUUCUGCCAAUAGAAUGCACUUCAGUACUUACUGCCAGCUGAAGAGCUAUGAGUGUCAACAACCCAAAGAAAAGUUUCUGCACAAGGGAAAAUGCAUGCCUGAAGAAACAUUUUCAAUCUCUCCAAGUCAUGGAAAUUUAAGUUUGCUUCGUGUAAAACCUGUGAAUCAAAAGGAUGACAGUUUCGUAUGCGCUAAUGGAUGGACUACGAAUGAAGCAAAUGUGGCUUGCAAGCACCUUGGCUUUGAACUAGGCGCUGAAUUCCAAGCCAGUUCCACCACCGCGGAAUCUGCCUUAAAUCCAUUGGACUGUCUGCAAAUAACUUGCAGGGGCCUAGAGACAAGUCUUGCUGAAUGUCACAUAGAGAUGAAGUCAAGAGAUAGUAAUGAGGGACUUGUUAGCCUACAGUGCUAUAAAAAUCUCAGAGAAUGCUCAGAUGGUGAGUUUCAGUGUGUCAACAAGAAGUGCAUUUCUCUGAAUAAAACCUGUGAUGGAAUCAAUGACUGUGGAGACCUAAGUGAUGAACUGUGCUGUAGAGAGUGCAGAAACAACAGUUUCCAUUGUUGGUCAAAUAUCUGUAUUCCAAAUAAGAAUGUCUGCAACAAGGAAAUUGACUGCCUCACUGGAGAGGAUGAAGCUGGCUGUGAAAAGAGAAUAAAAGGUGAUGAAAAUGACAGUGUGGAUGAAGAAAGAAAAAUGGUAAAGACACUUCUUCCCAAAGUGCACUGUGGUGUUACAAAUCAUACGUUCACUCGACGGAAAAGAAUCGUAGGUGGAUACAAUGCCAAAAAGGGUGAAUUCCCUUGGCAAGUGGCAAUUAGAGACAUCAGCAAAGAAGGGACGGUGUACUGUGGAGGGGCUUAUAUUGGUGGCUGUUGGGUUCUGACUGCUGCACACUGUGUCAGGGCAAAUCGCGUCCAUCUCUACCGUGUCUGGAUUGGACUGUUGAAUACAAUACUGUAUGACAAAGAGACAAAUACUUUAGAAGUAAAGCAACUGAUAAUUCAUGAAAAUUACAAUGCAUCAACUUAUGAAAAUGACAUUGCUCUGCUGGAGCUGAGAGGUUCUGGGAGCAGAGAGUGCUUCCUGGAAAACGUCGUGCCUGCCUGUAUCCCCUGGUCAGAGUAUAUGUUCAACACUGGUGACAGAUGCAAGGUUUCUGGAUGGGGACUAGAGAAAGGUUACGUCAAACAAUAUAUCCUCAAAUGGGGCAAUGUUAAUUUAUUUAAUAAUUGUUCUGAAUUGUAUCCAGGGCGAUUUUUUAAAAAAAUGGCAUGUGCAGGUACUUAUGAUGGCUCCACAGACAGUUGCAAAGGUGAUUCAGGAGGACCCUUGAUCUGUUAUGAUAAACAGAACGUGGCUCAUGUCUGGGGUAUUGUGAGCUGGGGUGAGAACUGUGGGGAGGCUGGUCACCCUGGUGUGUACACAAAAGUUGCCAGCUAUUAUGACUGGAUUAGCCAUCAUGUGACAAGGAGUGUCAUUUCACGGUAUAACAUCUGA